GGCGACGGUCGCUUUACGGCUGCCAAGGCCGGAUCCGCUUCCGGAGUUAGCCGCCCUGAAAGCAGCCGCAGCCGCCUGCCGUUCCGCGUAACCUGGAGACGCGACAGCGCCGUUCGGCGAUGGGCGGGAAGCGAUUGUGACAGGCCGCGCUCUCCCUGCCCGCCCCCUCCUCCCUGCCCGGGCAGAGCGGGCCCCUCCAGGCCUGUCGGGAUGGAGGAGGAGAGCAUGGAGGAGGAGGGGGGCGGCGGAGGAGCAGGAGGAGGCGGCGGCGGAGGAGGAGGCGGAAGCGUCAGUAGUAGCAGCAGCAGCUACGAGGCCUUAAUGGACGACCAGAACCACAACAACUGGGAAGCUGCGGCCGAAGCCGCAGGAGGAGGAGGGACCUAUGGGCAGACGCGGCGCCGGCCGGGCUCUCCGUCCCCCGGGGAGCCCCACAGGGCCUCCCUGUCGCCCCAGGAGGAGCUGGAGAUCCACAUGAUGUCCGAGGCCGCCAACGGGCCAGGGAAGGGAUGCGAAGCCACGCCGGGCAAGGGGGGCCCCGCCGCCAGCAUCAACCUCAACAUCAACCCCUCGGCCUCCAAGUUCUUAAUGAAUGUUAUAACAAUAGAAGACUAUAAGAGCACAUACUGGCCAAAGUUGGAUAGUGCCAUAGAUCAGCUUUUAACUCAGUGUCCCGGUGACUACAUCCCCAUCUCCUAUGAACAAAUAUACAGUUGUGUGUAUAAAUGUGUGUGCCAGCAGCAUUCGGAACAGAUGUAUAGUGACCUAAUAAAAAAGAUAACUAACCACUUAGAGAGAGUCUCAAAGGAGCUGCAGGCCAGCCCUCCAGACAUCUACAUUGAAAGGUUUAACAUAGCACUUGGACAGUAUAUGGGAGCAUUACAGAGCAUUGUGCCUCUUUUCAUAUAUAUGAAUAAGUUUUACAUAGAAACCAAGCUUAAUCGAGACUUAAAAAAUGACCUUAUAAAACUGUUUACGGAACACGUCGCAGAAAAGCACAUUUACAGCCUAAUGCCUUUACUCCUAGAAGCUCAAACCACGCCUUUUUGGAUAGACCCUUCCACUAUGGCAAACAUUGUCAAAGGAUUGUAUAUGCUUAGGCCAGAAUGGGUUCAGAUGGCACCAGCUUUAUUUUCUAAAUUUAUUCCAAACAUCCUCCCUCCUGCUGUAGAAUCUGAGCUUGAGGAAUAUGCUGCUCAAGACCAGAAACUCCAACAAGAACUUAUUCAGGAAGGAUUUUCCAGAGGUGACCAGUCACGUAAAAGAGCUGGAGAGGAAUUAACCUACAAUGGUUCCGCUUCGUGUGCAAGCUCAAGAGGAUGCAGAUAGUGACUGUGCGACAAGUAUUUUAUUCUCAAUAGGAGCGGACACUGCAGUGACAUAGGAAGGGAGGGUAUCCAGAGGCCCAGUUAGGCUCUACUGAUACUCAGGUUCUUUGAUGCAAACUAUACCUACAAGAGGAGUUUGGACAUGUUUCUUGCCAUGUAAUAAAAUAUCUGUUUGCUGCUAUUGGGGGCCUAACUUGGAACAAUGUGACCAGUCUUGGGCAAUCCUGUGAGGAGCAUACCUUCCUGUUUUUGUUUUAAAAAGACCAGUGCAUACUAAAACAUGGUAGCCAAAAAAAAAAAGGGGGGGGGAGAACAGCUUCCUCUGAAAGAAACUUUGCACUUUCUAAAAAAAAAUGUGUGGACAUUGCUGAGCUUCUGCUCAUUAGGUUUUGUCUGAAAUGUUUUGCUUAGAAAGAAUAAAAAUUGAUCACUUGGCAGUAUUUCUUUUGUUCCACAAAAAGUUUGCCUCCUAGAGUCAGACUUAUGUUACUGGCUCUUGACAUUCCAGAUUUAUAUAGUUCACCUUUUUAGCCCCCUAUCGCCCCCCCUUUAUUCAGAUAUCCAUUAAUAGGUCCUUCUGUGCCCUCAAUCUCCUUGCUUUCAGCUUGUGUGCUUUGCAGCUUUGUCUCUCUUAAGCUGUGAUUUGAUUAAACAUGCUGCAAUUUUGCAAGGUUUUCUUGCAACCUAUCACUUAGGAAAACAAGAGUGAACGAAAAUUGUAAUUAUGUUCCCUGUCUCCUUCCAUAUGAGAAGUAUUAAUGCAAGUCUCAACAUUUAUUGUAUUUUGUUGUUGGCUUUGGUAAUGAUUGCAAAAGCUUAAACCCCGGAUAGAAUGCGGUUCCCACAUGUGAUCUCAAUUCAGAGUUGAAACCCUGGUACAUACAGAUAGAAGGAUUUGACAAGACAUUGUGGGUCAGGUUAUUGGCUCACAUCUACCGUGUUGUGCUGUGGCAGUACAGAUAGAUUUUUAUUUAUGGUUUUAAGUAAUCUGUUUGUUUGAUUACAUUGUUAUUGGACUGCUGUAAUAGAUUUAAACAACAUAGCUGAAACUUUGCUUGUAGCUUACCUCUGGGUAGCAAGGUACUCUAGGUCAAUUUUACACCCCCAUGAAAAGCUUUGUACCCUUUUCAGAAGGUAAGUGAAUUGUGUACUUGAUUUGCACGUAAGGGAUUUUUUUCCUCUUUGUUAAAGCUUGAACGUCCUGCAAUAGAUUGCACUGCAUUGUGGGUAUGAAUAUAUAUGCAGCAAUCUGUACCUCAUGUGGGAUGAAUCUGGAUCCCUGUAUUCUACUUCUGGUCCCAGAUCAGAGGCAAGUCACAAGGUGCUGUCCUGCCCACCCCGUGUUCUCUAUGAAGAAGCACCAUGCAUGCAUAGAGAACUAAGGGAUCCCCUGUGUCUUAUGUGUGGUAACCAACUAGGUCAUACUCAGAGUAGAUCCAUAGAGUAGACUUGUUAGUCAUGGGUAGGAUUUAGUUGGAUAUCACACAAUGAAGAGGGUUUUUUUAAUAGAAAGAGUAGGUCGUUCCCUGCAAUAAAAGGUAAGUGCAGAUAUUGAUUGCCACUGAGACAGCAACGCCAAACUGGAUGCAGUUGUGCUGAGAAGUUAGUGCUCAGGGGAAGUUCAUUGUGAAUUAACCUUUAAUAUAAGUGUUGUACCCGUGGAAGGCCAUGGAGAGAGGAAGCAUUUUGCAUUUCCAGAAGUAAUAAAUGGCAGCUCUCUUUAUUAGUAAAAAAAUAAUCUUAUUACAUGCCUUCCCCACUUUUGUGCACUGGUCACUGGGCUUACCUGGUGCACAGAGUGCCCUGCACAUUUUUGAAAUCUCAUUGGGUAGGACUCUUGAGAGAUAUGUUUGUCCAUUAUGGUGUGAGAGCAUUAUCUUAAAUAGCAAAAUGGUACUUGGAAAAAGUGUUGGUUUGUUUUAACAAGAACAACAAAACCCUUGCAAUAUCAAAAAAUCUUUUAGACCUGAUGGGAAAACUGGGCUCUUAGUUAAUGGUCAAAAAUUAUGCAUCACUUCAAAGAAACCAUGCCAGUGGAUAUGGCAAGAAAAUUCCUUUCUACUUUUACAUAGGCUGUCCUCCUUUCUUUUGAUAUUCAAAUGAAGGACACUAGGAAAUUACAGAUUGUUAAUUUUUGAAAUGUUUUAAAAAUUAAUCCCUUGCAUGUUCUUGGUUUGUUCAGUAUUUUUCUUCAAAAGAACUAAUUGGAUGGAAAGUACUAAGUGAGAGGAAGGUAUAAUUUUGUUAGAGCGGAUUCUGCUGUGGAAGACUCUGUUUUCCAUUAGAAACAAUGGACUACCUAGAACCUUUACCAGUGUAACAUUUUUUGUGGUUUCAUCCCCAGCAAAUUGAUACCAUGAGCAGUAUAUUGUGACAUCCCACUCAGUGUCCAUAAGUUUGCACUCUGAGCUCCCAGUCAUUGAAUGUGAUCAGCAAGUACAUAGUCAUGUCACUAGAAUUACAUUAGCUCAGUUGGCGUCUGCUCAAGGUUGGCACCCUACCCACCAGACCUCAGUUGCCCUCAAGGACAGAAUUCACAUAAGGCCUUCUGAUGUUGAAAAGAUCUGGGGGGUAUCAUCUGGUAAAUCCAAUACUGGAUUUAAUGCAGAAUGUAUCUGUACAAAUGCCACUCACACCAGUUGACAUAUAGGCUAUAGGUUCCUCAUCUCUGCUCUGGUUAGUGAAUGAGGACUGGAGCCAAGCAUAUGGGACACCAUGCCUACAGUCAUUCCAUGGCACUGGGUCUUCUCUAAAAGAUGGAAACCUAAGAGUUUUAUCCAUUGAAGUCAUCUCAUUAAUGCAAGGUUUUCCACAGUGGGACUUCCUUCCCUUCCCUUCUCCCCUCCAAAUCUGUUCUGGCUUUCCCCUCCAACCCUCCAGAAGAGAUUUGAGAGGCACCGAGGAGAGAGACGGGAAGUUCCAUUGCACAGGUGGAAGUCCUUGUGCUCAUGGGGCAACUUAGUUGGGUGCAACCCAUAUUCUGCCCUCUCCAUUUAAUGUCACCACUGCCCUACAGAUCACCCUUUUGAGUGGUAAAGCACCACAUUACUUAAUAUAACCUGCCAUAUACUUCCUAUCAAUGGUCCUCUGCCAUUUGGUCCACUUUAUCUUCGUUUAGAGUGGCCAGAGGUAAAGUAAUCUGAAGGAUAGCCAUCUGAAGCACAAGUGAAAUAUUUGGUACCACUGAAAAGGGUGGGAGGUUGGCGAUCAUGCCUGGGAUUUGAGGUUCUUGUCUAACCAGAAAGGCCAUGUAAUUUAAUCUUCCACCUUUCUGCCAUUUUGCUUUGACCAAUGAGAUAUACCAAGGAAACAUAAGCAGAAAGUAUUCAUGGUGACUUAUACUGUUGCCAUGGAAUUCCCUUCAUUUGGAGUGUUGGUACUGUUUGAGCCUGAAUAUAUUCCACAUAGGCUUCUGUCUAUGUUGCUAUGGAUUAGAAUGGGAUUCUCAUUUGAUAUUUUGUUGUUGGCAGAACUAGAGCUACCAGAAUCAAGUGGAUGAGAAUGUUAACAUAAAACACCUUUUUGAUUUCUAAGAGUGUGCAGGUUUAUGUAUGUUGGGCUGCUUUUUUUCUUUUUUCUUUCUUGUAACUAAUUUGUGAUUUGUAAAUAACAUGUAGAAUGCAACUUUUGUUUCAGGUUAUAUAAUUUUUGUGUGUGUCAUUGAAUGUUGAGUCUUAGGACAUUACCUUUUUGAAACCAGUCCUUCUCUAAAAAUUAGGACAAAGCCUUCCUCUAAUGUCAAUAUUCUACACAUUCUUUGGGGGGAAAAUGUUUUAGCCCUAUGUAGCAUCUUGCCUGACUAGGAUACUGAAAACUUUUUGUAAAAAAAAAAAGUUGUGUUCUGUUGUAAAUUAGUAUUAAGAUUUCUGUAUGUUUUGGCAUCUAAUGCUGAAAUCAUUUGUUUCCUUAUCUUCAAAGGGUUUUAUCUUUGUGAGCUGAGCAUGAAAGAACACAACAAAACAUAUGAAACAAUGGUUACUCUGUAGACAUUUUUCUUGGUCAAUCAGUGUGUCAGGUCUCUAAAGCCAUGACUUAACCAAAGCAGCAUGGUCUUAGCUAUGGUGCUUCUGUGAAUCAGACAACUUGCCACGUUUGUGUGUGUGUGUGUUUCCUCCCCCUCAAAUGAGACCUAAAUAGCAAAAUUUUAUGCAUCGGGUGUCAUAUAUCAGAUUUGUUUCUUGGGAAAGUUGCUCUAUUAAAAUAUUUUUAGACAAACA